UGCAGGAAUGAAAGAAAAGAAACCGGUUAUUAUUAUUUUUAUUAUUAUUAUCACUAAGGAAGCAGAGAUGGAUAAAGGUGGAAGGCUUGCAGAGGAAACACAAUCCUCUGGAUGGCCCUGAAAGCUGAUAGGCUGUUUCAUUGACAGUAAUUAAUAUAUUAUUGAAGACGUGCUAAAACAUUUAAUAAGGCGAGCAUGAAAUAAUAGAAAGAACGUCAGCAGGCAACCGUUUACAAACAUGCUUUGCCUCUGUGCAAGUUUCAAAGGUCAUCAAAAGCAUUGUUACAACUAAGUUUUAUUAUAGAAUGGCAUCUUAUAUCAGUAACAUCCAAACUUAAUCACUUAUAUCUGUAAAUAUAUCUGUAAAAUAACAACUGUUUUCAGCUUUGUGACAAUGCAUCUUCCAGAUACUCGAAGAGAGGGUUGUUAAAUAGUUUAUUUAGCUUAAGAAGAGACUUUGCCCAACCCAUAAAGGGAACACUUGAUUCUCAAGUUGAUCAGAAAUGCAAUAUCAUCACAUUUGGAGAUACAUGGUUUUCACUGGACAGGAAGGGUGUGAAAACCUCUGAUCUGAUAAGUAACUAGUAACUAAAGCUUUUUCAAAUUAAGUACUGAAGCAGAGAUGAAUAAAAGAUGAUUUUACUGACAGUAAUUAAUAUAUUAUUGAAUACGUGCUAAAACACUGACAAUGCAAGCAUGAACAUCAGCAGGCAACCAUUUAUAAACAUGCUUUGCCUCUGUGCAAGGUUUUAAGUCUAUCAAACGUUUUAUUAUAUAAUGGCACCUCAUAUAAGUAAUGCCCAUAUUUAAUCACUUAUUAGUUACCAUAAAGUUCACAGUCCUUCUUGUUGUUCCAUCUGUAUAAUGACUGAAGGUGUGUUUACUUGUAAGGCUGAUUUAGAACUUCGCCUGCAGUGUCACAUUGUGUGCAGUCAUCUGUCGCGCACCCAGCUGAGUUUCGUUUUCGCUGUUUGUAAACAGAAACUCAAAGCUGCUCAGCUGAGCAGCUUCACUGUCCUACACACGCCCUGCAGCCACCUAUUUAAGAGGCAUCCACAGUCCGAACGGAGCAUGUCUGAUUGGGUCGGUCUGAAGAUGCAGUUAUCCUCUGUACUCUGGUCUCCGAAGCUGCUGCUGCAGCUCUGCAUCAGCACCCUGCACGGCAUUCUGGCGAGCGUCUUUUUAAAAGUUCGUCAGUGGACAGCGGGAGCCUGCAGGGGAACGAUAACCUCACCUGUGUCUCCCGUUGACAGCAAACAGGACCAGAGCAACGUACAGAAUGCGACGACUCCGACAAGUGUCAACUAUCAUUUUACACGCAAGUGUAAUUACAAAUGUGGGUUUUGUUUCCACACUGCAAAAACAUCCUUCGUCCUUCCUCUAGAGGAAGCCAAGAGGGGGCUCAAACUUCUGAAGGAAGCAGGCAUGGAAAAGAUCAACUUCUCUGGCGGAGAGCCUUUCUUGCACGAUAAAGGAGAGUUUCUGGGGAAGUUAGUUCAGUUCUGUAAACAGGACCUCCAGCUCCCAAGUGUCAGCAUCGUCAGCAACGGAAGCAUGAUCAAAGAAAAAUGGUUCCAGAAAUAUGGUGACUAUCUGGACAUCUUGGCCAUCUCUUGUGACAGCUUUGACGAAGAUACCAACCAGCUGAUUGGCAGAGCUCAGGGCAGGAAAAGCCACCUCGACAACCUUUACAGGAUUUGUGACUGGUGCAAGCAGUACAAAGUGGCAUUCAAAAUCAACUCGGUCAUCAACACCUUCAAUGUGGACGAAGACAUGGCGGAGAACAUCACUAAGAUUGGCCCCGUCCGCUGGAAGGUAUUCCAGUGUCUGUUGAUUGACGGGGAAAAUGCAGGAGAGACAGCCCUGAGAGAGGCGGAGAGGUUCGUCAUCAGUGACCAACAGUUUCAGGAGUUUCUGGAGAGACACAGCAGCGUCUCCUGCCUCGUUCCUGAGUCCAAUGAGAAGAUGAGGAAUUCCUACCUGAUCCUGGAUGAAUAUAUGCGUUUUCUGGACUGUCGAGAUGGAAGAAAGGACCCGUCCAAAUCCAUCCUCGAUGUUGGUGUGAAGGAGGCCAUUUGCUUUAGUGGCUUUGAUGAAAGGAUGUUUUUCAAGAGAGGAGGGAAAUAUGUGUGGAGCAAAGCUGACAUGAAGCUGGAAUGGUGAAAAUCUGGAUGGUUGAUAUAUGUCUGUUGAUAGAUUGCACAAUUUGUACAGUACUCGUGUUUUUAUUUUUAUUUGUGUGUGCUACUUUUAUAACUUAAGACAUGUUGAAUUUAAAGUCACAAUUUUUGCACUUUCUUGUUUUGAUAGAUUGGUUUAUAGAUUAUUCUUUCCUUGCACUGCAGACAGCUGUGUGACCAAAUAUAUUUUAAUAAAAACACUUAUUUGUGAAAA